CUAUGUGAACAUACCUUCUUAUAUUGAAGACUCAAACUACAGAUAAAAGAUGCCAAAAUCACAACUUAAGAUUGAAGGUAGAGGGAAUGGUAUAAAGACAAACAUAAUUAAUUUACAUGAGAUUGCAAAAGCUUUAAAUUUUCAUGAUGAAUGUUUAGACAUUUAUUUAACUUCGAGCCCUUGAAAUAUUUUGGUUUCAAGUUUGGUUCCUAAACUUCUUAUAAUUUAAAAAUGACAACGAUGUGACUUGUAUUAUAAAUGAAGUAUUUUAAGAUAUAAUUGGACAAAUUUAUUGAGAAAUACAUU